CACACACUCUCUUACUUCACUGACCUCCCCAUUUCUCUCUAACCCAAACCCUAAAUGUCCUCCACCGCCGUCCGCCACCUCACCGUCCUCGGCGAGUUCAAGCCCUUCGGCCUAAUCGCCGAAGCUCUCGACGGCAAGCCCGCCGAUGACGUCCCGGACAAGUACGACUACUUCCUCUUCGACCCCGACACCGUCCGAGAUCGCGACGAGACCGACGACCAUGACGUCCUCAGCUCCGCCUUCAGCGACCGCUGCGAUCACGAGCUCUUCAUUCGCGGCAAUCGGAUAAUAUGGUCAACAGGUCCACGAGUCUGCAAGAGGUUCACCUUGCCUUCUCCAGUCAUCAAGGCUUGCUGGUGUCGUCUGGGAGAUAUGACCAAAGCUUGUCUCUGUGUAUUGCAAACGGCUUGUUUAACAAUCUGCAACACAUCGGGGGAAGUAGUAUCAAUACCUGUGUCGGAAGCUAUUACAUCGAUAUGGCCUCUACCGUUUGGUUUACUACUCCAGCAAGCAGCUCAACCGAGUUCAACUACAUAUGUUCCUUCGUUGUCUUCGAGUCCUUUGUUCGGUGAAAGUCCUUCUAUGUCUUCUGUAAGACGAGGAGUGUUACAUAAUAGAAAAGAAGCUGGAGUUAGUCCGCAGCAUAAUUUCAGUUUUGCGAGUGGAAUUGACCAUGCGGUGAAGGAAGAAACAAGUUCAAUGUCAUCGCAUCUGAUUCUGCAAGAUCCAUUGGAAGAACUGCAAUUGGCUUAUAUUGAAGAAAGAGGAAAGUUGAACAUAAUGAAGGAAUUUGACGAGAAUACUAUCUGGACGAGUGAUCGGGUUCCCCUUAUGGCAUCAUAUAAUACAGGAAAGAUGCAACACUCUGUGUGGGUUGCGGAAACCAACAAUCUUAACCUUGACCUGGCAAGUGCUAACUUAGUAGAUGCAGUUCCUAAUGGUAUUAUAGCAAAACACUGCUCGUUUCGUAGAAUAUGGCAAGGGAAGGGUGCAAAGACAGCAGCUAGCAAGGUUUUCCUCGCUACUGAUGACGAUGCAGCUCCUAUCAUUUGUUUCCUUCACCAAGAACAAAAAAAGUUGCUGUCUUUAAGGCUUCAAAGUGUUGAAAUAAAUAAUGAGCUUCUCUUUGACAUAAAACCUGACAUGAGCUGGAGUAUACCUGCAGUAGCAGCCGUACCUGUAAUUGUUACACGCCCUAGAGCAACAGUAGGACUGCUGCCAUAUUCGGACAUGCUCAUUUUGGCACCUGAAAAUGCUAUUCUUCUCUAUUCAGGGAAGCAAUGCCUGUGUAGGUAUAUGUUGCCUUCUUCUUUGAGUAAAGACCGGUUUUCACAUAGUAUGGAGUUUCCAGAAACAUCUGUUUCCCAGGGUCUGAAGAUUGUGGGAUUGACUGACGCUGUUGAGGGGCGUAUCAAUGUUACAGUGAAUAAUGGGCAGAUAUAUCGGUGUGUAUUACGAAGAAGCCCUACAUCUUCUCUGGCAAAUGACUGCAUCACAGCUAUGGCUGAGGGACUCAGUUCCAGCUUCUACAGCCAUUUUCUUAGUCUUCUAUGGAAAGAUGGUGACUCUGCUUAUUUAUCAGAGGCUGAUUCUAGUGUUCAUUCAGAAUGGGAUUCUUUUCGCAGCAUUAUCAUGGAAAUGUGUCAAUCAACUGCCACUUCUAAAAUGGUCUCAAACCCAGUACCUCAGUCAUCGUGGGAGUUUCUUAUUAGCAGUAAAUUUCACGAUAAUUUUUGCAAAAAUAACUUCAUUGCCCAAAAUUCUUCUGUAAUGUCAUUGGAUGUACGAAGACUGGACGCCUCUCAGUUAAGUACAAAUAGUAACCAAAGGAUAGAGAAGACCUUUCACUCUGAGCUCUUGAUGGAGAGUUUACAUUGUUUGCAUGCAGUUUAUGAAAGCCUGAAACUGAAUAAUCUUCGCAAACGGGACUUGGAGCUCCUGGGAUCUCUGUUAUGCUAUAUUGCUAAGUUUCUGGGUGAGGAAGGCUAUGUUGACCAUUACAUUCGUGACUUUCCUGGCCUUUCCAGAAGCGUUGGGAUAUGUGAAAUAUCAUUUUCAAAGAAAUCACCUCCAAGUUUAUUCAGAUGGCUUGAAAACUGUUUGCUAUAUGGACACGAUUCAGCUAAUACCAAUGAUCUUCCACCUUUGAUUUGUGAAGAGGGAAAGUCUGUUGUGAACUGGGCUCGGAAGAUAGCAUUAUUCUAUAGUUUGUUAACCGGUGCCAAACAAAUAGGGAAGAAACUCUCUUCUGGUAUUUACUGUAAUAUUGCCACAGGUUCAUACUGCACAAAUGAGGAACUCACAGUUCUAGCAAUGGUUGGGGAAAAAUUUGGACUGCAACAGCUUGACUCACUGCCUUCUGGCAUGUCUCUUCCUUUGAGACACGCAUUGGCUAAGUGCCGGGAAUCUCCUCCUACUGGUUGGCCUGCAGCUGCGUAUGUUCUUCUUGGCCGUGAAGAUUUGGCUUUGUCAUGUCUGGCACAAACAUGCAAUUCCAAAGAUCUUGAAACCGAAACUAAUGUGAAUUUCAUCUCUAUGUCUGCACCUUACAUGCUACAUCUGCACCCAGUGACAAUUCCUUCUGCAGUUUCUGAUACAAAUGGAUUGGACAAUACUAAGUUUGAGGACACAGAUUCGAUUGAUGGGUCUACAACCGAUGGUAUGGAGCAUAUCUUCAACUCAAGCACACAGUUGCGGUAUGGUCGUGAUUUGCGACUGAAUGAGGUUAGACGGCUCCUUUGCUCCGCAAGACCCGUGGCAAUUCAAACAUCUGUUAAUCCUAGCGCCUCUGAUCAGGACCUCCAACAGGCCUUUGUAGUCCCGAAGAUUGUAUUAGCAGGUCGAUUGCCAGCACAACAAAAUGCCACUGUUAAUCUGGACCCAAAUGUGAGGAAUGUAGAAGAAAUUAAAACUUGGCCUGAAUUCCACAAUGCUGUUGCUGCUGGACUCAGGCUGGCUCCUCUUCAGGGAAAGAUGUCAAAGACGUGGAUCAAAUAUAAUAAACCAGAGGAGCCAAAUGCUAUUCAUGCUGGACUUCUCUUUGCUCUAGGAUUACAUGGUUACCUACGUGUUUUGAAUAUUACUGAUAUAUUUCAGUAUUUUCGACAGGAACAUGACAUCACAAGUCUAGGACUAAUGCUUGGCCUGGCAGCUACCUAUAGAGGAACUAUGCAACCAGAAAUAUCUAAGUGUCUUUUUGUUCAUAUUCCUGCUCGGUAUCCAUCUUCAUUUCCAGAAUUGGAGUUACCGACGCUUCUGCAGUCAGCAGCUCUAAUGUCAGUCGGGCUUCUUUAUGAAGGAUCAGCACACGCACAAACAAUGCAGAUUCUCUUGGGGGAAAUAGGACGUAGAACUGCAGGUGAUAAUGUACUAGAAAGGGAAGGUUAUGCUGUUUCUGCAGGAUUUUCCCUGGGUCUUCUUGCAUUGGGUCGGGGAGAAGAUGCUCUUGGUUUCAUGGAGACUUUGGUUGACAAAUUGUUCCAUUAUAUUGGUGGAAAAGAAGGUCGUAAUUGCCAUUUGAUUCUAACUUCAGAUUCAACUUUUCACCUGCAGCAGGAUAGAUCCAUUUCAUCAACACUAUCAGUAGAUGACAAUCGUGCUGCUGCGCAGAUGAUGGAAGGGACUGCGGUGAAUGUUGAUGUCACUGCACCUGGAGCAACGAUUGCUCUUGCUUUGAUGUUUUUAAGGGCAUAUGUCAAUAUUGUGGCUGGAGCCUGCAUUUCUCUUGGGUUGAGAUUCGCUGGUACAAAGGAUGGACACGCACAGGAGUUACUUUACAACUAUGCUGUUUACUUCUUAAACGAGAUCAAGCCUGUUUCUGCUACAAGUGGAAACUUGCCGAAGGGAUUGUCUCGCUAUGUGGAUAGGGGGACUCUGGAAAUAUGCUUGCAUCUCAUUGUUCUUUCCUUGUGUGUGGUUAUGGCUGGUUCUGGGCAUCUACAAACGUUUAAGCUAUUGAGGUUUCUCCGCAGCAGAAAUUCUGCUGAUGGGCAAGUUAACUAUGGUGUUCAGAUGGCUGUAAGCCUAGCAAUCGGUUUCUUGUUCCUUGGUGGAGGAAUGCAGACAUUUUCAACAAGCAACAGUUCAGUUGCCGCUUUGCUAAUCACUCUCUAUCCACGCUUGCCAACUGGACCAAAUGAUAAUAGAUGCCACUUCCAGGCAUUUCGACAUUUUUACGUACUUGCAACAGAAGCUCGCUGGAUCCAGACUGUUGACGUUGACACUGGUUUACCAGUGUAUGCCCCGCUUGAAGUUACUGUUAGGGAAACCGAGCACUAUGCAGAAACAAGUUUUUGUGAGGUUACACCGUGCCUUCUGCCAGAACGUGCCAUUUUGAAGACGCUACGUAUUUGUGGUCCUCGGUAUUGGCCUCAAGUCAUAGAUCUUGUCCCUGAAGAUAAACCUUGGUGGACAUCUGGGGACAAGAGUAGCCCAUUUAAUUCUGGUGUUUUGUAUAUCAAGAGAAAGGUUGGAGCUUGUUCUUAUAUUGAUGAUCCAGUAGGGUGUCAGUCAUUGCUGUCACGUGCAAUGCAUAAGGUGUUUGGUUUGACAACUUUAAAAGGGCCUAGCCCAUCCUCCAGUGGCCAAAAUGGACCUGGUUCAGUUACAGUUGAUCAGUUGGUUGGUACUUUCUCCUCCGAUCCUAGCUUAAUUGCAUUUGCACAACUCUGCUGUGACCCUUCCUGGAAGAGCAGAUCUGACAUUGACUUCCAGGAAUUUUGCUUGCAAGUGUUAUUUGAGUGUGUGAGCAAGGACAGGCCUGCUCUUUUACAGGUCUACUUGUCACUAUACACGACAAUGGGGUCAAUGGCAGGUCAAGUAACUAGUGAUACUGUUGUUUUAUGCGACUCCUUGUCCGUCUCCAAUCUUAAGCUUGCACUAGCGUACAAUGAGGCUUUGUUGAGUGGAAGAUUGACCUCUUCGAGAGGUGGCAUUGUUCAAUCCAACUUUAUAGCAUGUCUUCGGAAGCAAGUGGAAGCACUGCUGGAUUGUUCUCAGGACUUGAAGGAUGAUUUCUGUAAUUAUAUGUAUUCAGGGAAGUGGCCAAAUGUGGAAGAAUCCCAGGGAAAUAAACGUUCAAUACUUCUUUCUUGGUACCUUCAGUGGUUUUGUGUACCAUCACCAUCUGCAGUUAAGACAGCUGUGGACAAAGUCAUGCCCAAGCUCAAGUCAUCCUCAUCUUUGGUCCCUUUUCUGCGGUUAUUAUUUCCAAAAGCUCAUGUCAAUGCUAUUACUGAGAUAGAUAAGUAUUUAGAAACAAGUACUAUAACUCAAAUACUUAGCAGUAUGACAGCUUUGUAG